AUGUCGUGUGUGUGCCAAUAUUUUGUGACAUCGAAAAACCGAAAGCUAAUGGGACUCAACUCGGAUGGCAGCGAUGUAUCGGUGUUAACCCAAAAUUCGCUCGCUUUGACAAAAGAUGAGGCCAAACAGGACAGCAGCAGCAAAUUGAACGAAGAGGUAUCGGCCACAGAAUUGGCUGCGGCUAAAGCGGAAAUUUGGGUACUCAAAAAACAUCUCAACGAUGCACAAAUAUCCAUCGAGAACUUGGAAAAUUUAGUACGUACCAUAAUACUUAAACAGAAUGAGCUGCUGGGCGCCAUGUACGAAUUGAAGCAGCAGAAUUAUGAGUUGCAAGAUGAAUGUCGCAUGCAACGUGAUUACCAGAUGAUGGAACGUAACGCCAUGAUGCGCGAGAUGCACGAAAUCAAAACGUUGUUGAGCGACCGCACAAAGCUGCUGGAGGACACCGUCAAGCGGAAUUCAGAGUUGACGUCUGCUCUACAAGACGCCAACGAGAAAAUCUAUAUGAUGGGCAUGAAGUUUUUGAAAUUAAGAGCAUCGCGUUCGAAGCGCGUGAAUACCUCGAAUGUCUCGAACACUACAUCGGGUAGUAAUACGGAGCGGUCGAAUUCCGGUUAA